UAACCAUGAACAUCAACAGAAAUGACCAUGUGCCGGCCAGUGUGUGUGUGUGUGUGUGUGUAUGAAUGACUGGAUCCUCUGCCUGCUGCAGAGAUACUUCCCAGUGACUGAGAGUGGAACCCUGCAGAGUUCUCUUUCCUUGGAUUUGAGCUGUGACUGUCCUGCUGGGCUUGGAGCCUCCACAUCUAAUACUGUGCAUCUUGACAUUGCUGCUGCACCCUGGGUUCCUGGAGGUGUGGGCUGGCCUGAGCCAAGACAGGCUCAUCUGCGAUGGCGACAGGGACUGCCACCCACAGAAACAACUGCAACCCUGCAGAAACCUCUGUAGGUCAGCAGCUGUGGGGAAUGAAGCACUUCAUGGCACAGCUGCCUGUCCCUCUGAUGGGAUAUGCUAUUUCAUGUAGCAUAUUGCUGCUGUGGAUGCCCCCAGUGGGACACAAACAGUGUCUAGGAAGGGCCAGAGUAUCCCCUGCUUAAAGCUUUCAAAUGCAAGCAGCAGGAUGGGAGCGUAUAUCCACUUGUGUGAUGGGUGUGUUUGCUCAAACGUUAUUACUAUUUGGGAUGCAGCUGCAGCAUCCCAGCAGGGCUACUGCCCUCCUCAGGCUGUCGGCAGAAUGUUUCAGAGCAUGUCCCAGCCUUACAUCUGCCUCUCAGACCCAUGACCUCCUCCCGCUCUGUCUUCCUGACAUACACUCAGCUUCUGGCACCUCCCUAGGGUGCCCAGGUUGUUCAGGAUUCCCAAGCAAGCAUGAAAGGCUUGUGAAGGAUUAAAUUUGGUACACAGGAGGGGGAAAAAAAAAAAAAAAAGUAAGGAAGAGUAUCAUGAUGGUAGAUAUGAAGGAAUAUUUGGAGCCUGACUAAUGCAAUUCCGUCCUGUUCAGCUUCUUUCCAGUCUCCCAGCAUUUGACAGGGAGCUAAGAUAAAUUUUGCUCCUUCUAGACAGGUCGGGUAUUUAAUCAGCAAGUUGGGGGGGUAUUUCUAGUGUUUUGUUAAUUCAGUAGAUUGUGGUGCUUUACUCAGACUCCAAAACACAUCUUGCCUGACCUCAGAUAGAAAGAGGGAAUGAGUCAGCUGGAGUCCCUGGAAUUUAAAAGGGAGGCAGCUGAAAGGAGAAUGGGCUUAAUCAUGAGAUCUCAAAGCCUUUGACCUGGUUUAGUCAUACGAACAGGGCAGAGCUGUCACAUCUCCUACCUUGUGCAAGACCCGUGCAUCUGAGCUGUCUUCUGCUUCCUCAUCACCGUGUCGGAAGUCCUGGACUCUGGGACCUCACUCAUCAACUGCAGCUUGUGGUUGAAUGUCAUGACCUGAUAAAAGAUCAGAUGAGAGAUUUCUGCUCCCUAGUUGACUUAGUUCAGCUUUUUUAAUCCCUUGUUUUGGGGCAUAUUUUGUAAGCACUUUUAGACACUUUGAAAACCAAUAUUUAUCUCCCAAUAAACUAGAUCUUUUUUAUUCUGGCAGUAUUGAUUUUUUUUUUUUUCCUUCAACUGGUUCUAAUGGAGCUUGAAAUUAACAUGUUAUAGGACUUUCUGGUUCUUUGUUUUUAUUCUGCUUGUGUUUCUUACCAGCACAAUCAGCUGUGCAGGUCAAACUCGGGUGUAUUCGAGUAGUCAAUGUGGUUGGCUCUCUGCUUUGUAUGGAAGCAACAGGAACUCUGCUUUUCCAGAUGCUGCCCUUUCGAGACCUACAGCAUCAAGUCAGAUGGAUGGUACUGCUGGUUAUUAUGGAGUCCAGUAGAAUCAUGUUGUUAGGACCUCACACACCUGAUCUACUGCUUGCUGGAAUUGGGGAGGAUGUAUUUGUGUACCGAGACCGUGAGGAGCCUGAUUGCAAUGGUUUUAAACUGUGUGUUCCAAAACCAUGUGAGGAUGCGGAACUCCUCUCAGGUGAAUACUGAUGAUACUAGCUUUUGUGAUGACGUGAGUUGAGAGCACUCCUAACUACAGAGUUCUGUUUGCAGCCGUGCCUAGACAAAGUUAAGGAAGUCAAAGACAGAACACCCCAGCCAGGGUCACUGUAGAGCUGUUUGUCAGCAGCAGUUCAGCUGCAACCCACCACUUACGAUGAGCCUUCUCAGGCCUGGAAAUGAACAUUCAAUCUGCAGAGCAUUCUCUGUGUGCAGCUUUUCUUCUUUUUCUCCCGGCUUUCUUCUGGAUCAGAAAUCUGAGAGAGGUCCAGCUCUUAUUUAAAUUAAGCUAUUUCAUUUGAGAGCUUCAGCAAAACCCCAAUUUAUAACUAGGUUCCUGAUCUUUCCAUUUUGUGUGACUCCCUAGAAGCCUACUUUAAGUGUAGAGGUACCCAGGCCUCAGUGUGUGCACAGAUCUCCUGAGAAGACAAAUGCUGUUGUGGGGAUUCUCUACUCAUCAUACUGUUUGUUAUCUUUGUAGGCAGAAUAAGCAAAGGUGCCAGAGGCAGAACAGCAGCCAGAGGCUGUUCCAGGGAGUCUAGGAAAAGGUCUAUUAGCCAAGUGCCAUAGCUCCUCAUGUAGCCCUCUAAGGAGCUCACUGCAAAACUAUAACAGAUAUCCAAAAUGACUUGAAAUGCUUAAUGCUGCAUUAGUGCUUUAUAUUACCAACCUUGCUGUAUGAUGCAAUACUUCUCAGCCACCACUGUCUGCUAUAAAUAGCACAUUCAGAAGAGAUUAGCUGGAGUUGCAGUUUACCAGUUCAGGUGCAUCCUGAUCAAAAAUGCCACUGAUUCUCAGCUGGGCUGGUAAGAUGUUAUCGUUUCACAGUUCAGUGCAGGAUCAAUGACCCACACAGUCUGUGGCAUGAGCUCCAAACCUGCGUGCCCAAGCUGCUCCCGUGAGAUAUGUAGUACAGCUCUGUCUGCUGAAUCUCAUUCACUCCUCUUCUGUGUGUCUCAGCCUGUGAUUGUUAAAGAGUAUGUAAGUUCCGACCUUGCUGGAAGUGAAUCAAGUGCUGGAAAUAGAACCCCGGUGGGGGUGCGACUGCAUGCUGAUUCAGAGAGACUGCAGGAGCUAUCUAAAUUAGGAGGCAAAUUCUCUGCUUUUGCAUGCCUAGGAUGAGUAAUUCUCAAAGUUAUGACUUGAAGCAACUCAGCCCUAAAUGUAAAGCUCCCUGCUAGGAGAAUACUUUAGCAACCGUAUGUCGCACGCUGCCCGUAGCUGAGAACUAAGCAUCACUGCUCUAGGGACAAUCUGCCCUGGCUGUGUCCAAGACUAAAAUUAGCAGUGUUGCAUAAAUUCGUUUGCUGUGGGUGGUUAGCGCUUUCUUGUCUGGUCUAUAGCAAGUUGCCCCCAUUUUAAUACUAGUUCACUGUUUCCUCUAACGGGAUGAAGCGGGAGACAAUAAACCCAGUGGAGGAGAACCAGAAAAGCAGAAAACCUGUGGUGUUGAGUCUGUCUGAAGGCCUGUAAGGCAAUAUGGGAUGCUACUGAUUUUGAUAUGCUGCCUGGGGGGUUGACUGCUUAAAGCAAAUAAUAGUGUUUCGCCUGAGGGGUGAACUGUUGGAGCAAUAUACCGGAGAAGUCCAGGCUGAGUUUUAUUGCAGACUGGGGCACAGAAGGAGGUCUUAGGAAACAGCUGGAUUACUAAGAGAGAAAACAGUGAGACAAAGUAUUCAUAUGAAGCCAGUGCUGGCAAACUGGCGAAGCCAAAGCUUGUCUCUUGCAUAAAUAAUUGUCUUCUGCUUAGAGACAUAGUGCAAGGCCAGAGGACGCAGUCCAGGAUAAUGUGUAGUUAACAUGUAGUGUUGUUACAAAUUUUUUUGGUGGGUUGCUCUUUAUUUUCCUUUGGACUCCAGCAAGAUGAUGUAGAUGAGAUUUCUGUAAACAUAUUUCCACGGGUUCACGUGAUGCCAGAGUAUUAAGUGGUUUGGCCACAUCUUUAGCCAGAUGAUGAGAAUUAAUAGUACGUUCUGUGCCCUUACAAAUAAAGGCAUGGGUGAGGAAAACAUACGCCUAUAGAUUAGUUAAAUGAAAUCUGUUUAAUGAAGCCUACUUCUCUGAAAUCCACUUCUUACUUGGUAAACCUGUUCAGGAUUAUUAGGCUUUUAGGGGUUAAAAUGGGACAAUCUACUAGGAGCUUAAUGAGAUGUUUUCUCUAAGACAUCUGAAAUAGUUGGAGGAGAAAAUGCUCUAAACCCUUGUAUACUGUAGGUGUGAACUGUGUGUAUAUCCCCAAACCAAGAAUGUCUUCUCAUUUCUAAUUACAUCUAUGACUUGCUUAAGAGUAACAGUUGUUUUUUAAAGAUGACUAUUGUUCAUAUUCUACAUGAUUUGAGUGAGACUGGAUGAGGUGAAAUUCAGGGAUUAAAUACGAAUCUAACCUAGACUGAUGGAGUGUAGGCCUGCCAGGGAAUGAACUUCCUUCAGUGCCAAUUGCUGCUUUGCCCCUCACAGUAAUAGAUGUCUUUUCACCUCAACCCACAUCUCUCUCCGUGCCAUUUUAUACUUGACCACCUCUGGAGAGAAGCUUGCCAAUUUUGCUGAACUCUCUGUGCUGCUUUAAUGUUAGAGAGUAUCAACAUACAUGGAAAAAAUGAGGUAGGUGUAAGUAUCGCUGACAGCGGUUGGCGUGUUCAUACCCUUGUAUUCAUGCGCCUGAAGAAAAAUCUGGAAAUCAAAGAAAUAUGUGUUUAUCCAGAUGUCUGGUUGUAAAGAAGACUGUGGGGCUCCAGUUCAGGGGUACACCUAUAAGCCAAAAAUUCUGAGGAUGACACUGAUGGCACAAGGAUAUAUUCAACAGCUUUCACGAUUGUUUAGGUCACUUCAGUGUUCUGUUCAACAACGAACCUGUUCCAGCCUAUAAUCACAGAACCAGUUAUUCUGCUCAUAAUAUGUAAAUGGCCAAAUCGAAGUCAGUGUGCAGGAACACUACUGCCUUCCAUGAGUCAGAGGUUCAGGAAGAAUAUAAUUAUCUAUUCCAAUCCCUGCUAACUUUGGCAGUUGUUCUGGGAAAGACAUUUGAGGCUUCCACAGCUUUCCAUGAAAUGAGGUAUCUGGGGUUAGCUUGUUUUUCCCUCUUCUACAACUUCAAACAGAAAUAUGGAAUUAAGUCCAGAGCUAAGUGAUGUUUAAAGAGGCAAAACUGGCUUGGUCUGACUCCAACCAUCUGCUGGACACCCACCCAUCUCUUGGGAAGGGCUGUUGGAUCUUCAGCUUUUGCAUCCUGGCUGGACUUUCCGCAGGUAAGUUUGCCUCAGCCACCAAGAAGUGCCUUCAGCAGCACAGCACCUCCUGUUGUUCUGUGAUACCAAGUGUUUUCUGAAGAGAGAAGCCAUUACUACAACUUUAGCAUCCUUUUCUAUGCUGAUCCUAUUUUUCCAUUGAUUCCUAUUGAUGCCUCUUGGUAUCAAAAGAGAUUUCUAGCAACUUUCUGUAGGCUAGUAGACAUCUGCCAACAUUAAAUUUUGUUAAAAACUAGAUGUGGAAAUAACUUAUAAUACUUGGUAUUGUUAAAUUAGGUUCAAAGGUUUCCUUGAACUAUAUACUUUAAAAAGGCAAGUCUUUCAGACAGGAAAAGGUGUCCAUUUGGUCAUGUUGAUGGUUCAAUGCAUCAGAACACAAAACUAUUUAAAUGAGUACCACAUUGCUGCAAAUUACACUUUGUAUAUAUUCAAGUAACACCUUCAAUGAAGUCCAAGGUGUAUGAUUUGGGUUUGUUUUUUGUUUAGGCUAUGAAAUUAAAAAUGGGCUUCAGAAUCUUAUUUUUGUUAUUUUUUAAACUUUAUAUAAGACAAUAAACACUUUUAAAGAAAACUUGCAUAGUAAUGUGUAGUUCUUGUACUUCCAAGUAGGUAACACAUUGGUCUCAUUUUUCUUCACUGUGCUGAGGUAUAUUUCUAGGGUUUUUAACCAUGUAACAUGAUAAUUUUUCUAUUUUACAACCUAAAUAUAGACAAAUGCUAUGAAAACUGGAACAGGACACAAUGUAAAAUGUGAUCAAAACACAAACAAAAAACGUCGUGAUUUUUCUGUGUGGAAUAAAAUCUGUACCUCAGAAAAGACAAGACUUAAAGCACCUCUUGGCAAUUUAGCUGUUUAGAGAGUAUCUUCAAACAUUGCAUACGUUAAAUAAGUAUUGUUGUUAUUGUUUCAUUAGAGCUCUUUUGUUUCCACAUUUAGGCAAGUCUAUACUUCAAGUCUUUCAAGGUCGUUCAGAAAGUGUUACGGUGUAAUGCCAGGAUGGAGCAGUGCUCUGCUUCCUUCAGCCCUCUUCUGUGCUGCAAACCACCUGGCUGUGGAACAAAUGCAGGGAUUGUGGGUUGGCCGUGCUGCAGGGAGGGAAAAAUGCCAUGUGUUAAAAGACAGGAGCGCGAAGAGUAUCUUCUUCCUUUGGUCUCACAGACUCGUGUGCACCGGAUCCCCACAGCUUUAUCAGUGGGGCACUCGUGUCUUUCUCCCUGUAUUAAUACAUCGUUGCCGAGUUUCCCUGACUGUUCGCUCCCAAAGGGUUAAAGCAGCCUAGGUUUCCCUACAUAACCACGGGAAAGAAAAAAAAAAAAAAAAAAAAAAAUCCACCUCACCCUCCUCUUUCUUUGAACAAGGUUUGCUUCAGCUGGCAGCGAGCUCUGCAACCUGCCCUGGACCAAAUCUCCGCUGGUUGUGACACCCCCCCGGCAGAGUCACCCCUCCCGCCCGCUGAGGUCCGGCACCAGCGAGCAGUGCUCCAAGCUCCGUUCUCCCCCCGGGCCGAACCGCCGCCCUUACCGGGGGGCGGGUUGCGCAGCGCUCGGGGCACCCCAGAACCGCCCCCCCUCCCCUCCCGGCCGCCGGUCCGGAGCCGGCUGCGCGUCCUGCGCGGCGGGUGCUCCGCCAGCCCGGCGAGAGUUAACGGCGGAGCCGCCUCUCCAUUGGCGGCCGGCGGAACGGCUGCGGAGCCCGCGUUUAUAACCGGCGCAGGGGCACGCCGCCGCCGUUCCCGCCGGCACCGCGGCUCGGCUCCAUGCCGCGGCGGCCGGCAUGCCCAACCUGCUGCCGCCUUUCCUCGCCUUGCUCUGCUUCGGGGCGCCGGCGCCCGCCCUGAGGCUACCGCCGGCCGCGGGGCCAGCGCCGCCCGCCUCGCCGGAGGAGCCGUGGUGCCCGUACAAGGUGGGGGCCGAGGGGGCGGCGGGCGGGCGGCUUUGCUUCCGCACGCCGGCCCGCGGCUUCCAGUGCGCGGCCCGGGCCUGCCGCGCCCACCGCUCGCCGGGCGGCGCGUUGGUGGCCAACGUGCUGCGCAACGGCAGCGUGCUGCUGCAGUGGGGGCCGCCGCGCCCGGCCGCCGGCCUCCGCGGCUUCGCGCUCAACUGCUCCUGGGACGGCACCUACACGCGUUUCCCCUGCGACAGCGUGGAGCUGGGCGCCGCUUGCCGCGACUACCUGCUGCCGGAGGCGCACGGCAGCGUGCGCUACCGCCUCUGCCUGCAGCCGCGCUACGCGCCGCCGCGCCCCGCGCCGCCCGCCCAGUGCGUGGAGUUCCGCGUGGAGCCGGCCGCCAUGCGGGAUAUCGUCGUCGCCAUGACGGCCGUGGGGGGCUCCAUCUGCGUCAUGCUCGUCUUCAUCUGCCUGCUGGUGGCCUACAUCACCGAGAACCUCAUGAGCCCGGCUCUCGCCGCGCCGCGCCGCGCCUAGGGCGGCGCUGCCCCCCACCCCCGAACGCGGGUGGGAGUGGAGCGGGGCCGGCCCCCGCGUGUGCCGGCAGCGCCCGUUCCCCCGCAGCGCGCCCGGCGCCGCCUUCCUGCGGCUUUCCGGGGAAGGGGAGCGGUUUCCCAAACUCUGCUCGCGGCGGGUUUUUGUCCCCAAGCCUCGUUCGAAGCGUUGGGGUGGCGCGGGUUUGGCGUGCCCAAACUUGUGGGAUUCGAGGUUUCCUCAGUGUUGGGAGCUCUUCUUGCGCCUAGGGGGGCUCGUCAGCCUGAGCCAUACGUGGUUACCGAACUCACGGGAUCUCAGCGGGUUAGAAGCAAAUAAUGGCAAAGGUCCACAAGUGCCAGAAAAGUGUCUGUUUUUGAAAGCAAGCGGCAAUUCUUACAGAGGGCCUGUUUGAGAAGACUCUUCAGAACACCCUUAUUUGAAGCCUAUGCGUAAAUGCCCUUGCUCUUAGACAUGUGCUUGAAUUUUUUCCUGAGAGGGGACGUUGCUUGAAGUCAGUGGGAGAACAAAACCCAUAGCUCAGUGUGUGCUUGAUCCAAAGCCCACCUAAAUUUCAUUACUUAAGUGGGUUUUGUAUCGUGCCUUAUGCUGUUCACAAAUUCUGGGCCCUAGACUGGCUGCUGUCCAAAACAACAGGGGUUUUCUGGUCAGCUCGAGUGACCAUCAACGUCCGACACCGACUGAACCUGCUUUUCUCCCUUUAGAACUGUCAUAUUGGUAGUUUCCAAAAAGAGCAAUGCUAAAGGGUCAACUUUAGUAUGAAAAUUCCAUUUUGUUGUGCAAGUAUGAACUGAUCCUUAAAGUAAGUACAGUGUAAAUGAGCACCAUCACUGCCCACUGAAACCCCAUCUUUUAGGAAUGCUGUAUGAAGCUACACUAAGGUAAAAGCGUCUUAAACACAAAGCUCACUAGUGUUGUAGCCGAGCGUUUUGAGCAUAGGAACACUCCUUGUUAUCUGCUCACUCAAUGCUGUAGUAAGGUUUUAGCCAUAUUCUAGUAUUAAUUCUAUUGUGCCUUAGUGCUGAGAAUUUGUCCCAUUUAUAUUGGUAUACCUGUUCUCGUAGUCUUCAUAGACAAUUGUAUCUCCUCUAGUGUUUUUGUCUCAAACUAGUGGUUGUUGGUUUGUUUGUUCAGUUGUUUUUGUUCUUUUUUUUAAAAAAAAAAAAACAAACCAAACUUAGGCUGAUCAUUACUUGAACUUUAAUAUAUACACAAAAUAGUCGGUUAUCAUCUGACAAGUAUUUAUUUAGUGAGCUGUUUUUUAUUUAGUGUUGUUUGUAGUUGACUGCUGUAACAGAAGAAUACUUUAUAUCACUCAAACUGAGCACCUAAAGCAAAAGCAGGGGAACAGAUCUUCUGUAAAGGGGUAUUGCUAUUAAAAUACAUAAGUUUCAUAUGUGACCUGUUUGUGUAAAUGUUUAUCACUGGUGAAUGACCUGUAUGCUUUUCCUUGUGAAAAUAGUUUGUGAAGUAUAAACUUACUAGUAGAGGGUAAAUAUAGAAAGUAGAUGGAAUCCUUAAUAAAAUCCAGUAUUUGUACUAAUCAUAAUCCGUUCAGUAAUUACAGAGUGGCUGAGAAACUGGAGGUCUACAUUUCCUCAGGUGAAAAUACCUUUUAUUUGUUUGUUAUUCUUACUUUGUUUUCUUUCUCACAUGCAGCUGACUCUAAAUUUAACAGUGUUCUCUUUUUAUUAACUUGGCUAUGUACUUGCUUUAAGCAGCCUGACAAUAUCUAGUAUCACAGUAACAGGAAGAUGGUGACAUUCAUUGAUAUUGAAGGAUGAUGUAAUAAUUUUUCUUUUUUUAUCCCUAAGGAGAUUGACUGCUUGAAGAAAAGGCAAUCAGUCCUUAAGGACAUUAAGACAAUUUGUAUCUUCUAGUGGUUUACUUCAGUGAAUUUAAACAGAGAGUAAAUUUGAGUCAAAGGUGUUUUAAAGAUUUCAAGUCAGUCUUUCCUGUAGCCAGUUCUGCACAGGACGAUUAGAGUGGCACUGAUUUUGCAUAUCUUGUCAGCUUCUGUCAACCACUGUUACUGUUUUGUUCUUCAUCUUGUCAUGAAUUGCCAGAUGUGAAAAUUUAAUGUAUAAAUAAUGAGCCUUGUACCACCUUGGCAUUGACUUUAAUAAAUUAAGAGAACAAUGAAAAGAAAUUGAAACAUCACAAA